AUGAACGCCCACGAGUUCAAAAUACCAAAUAGAAGUGUAAAAAAUGUGGAUUUUGACUGAAGCAUUUCAUCGAACACCUUAUCUACACCAUUAGUUUUCCGUAAAGAAAAAGAAAAAAAAAAAAAAUGGUGGAGAGAUUCUUCUCCACAAGUCAACCUGUUGAUCUCUCUUCUAUCCAAUCAUUGACCCUCCUCUCGGGGCCUCCAUGUUGAACAGUGGAAAGAGCUCUCUCUUAUUCCAAUUCGCAAUCAACUGUGCGUUGGGUAGUGAUCGUGAUGUGGUAUUCAUCUGCAGCAAGCGAAAAUUCGAGAACAAGCCCCCAUUUUUAUCACAAAAUGUUGAUCCAUCUUCGGACGCGCUUCAACAAAUACAAAUGAAGUACGUCGAAGAUGACGAAGGAAUCAAAAAGUAUUUUGCUGCAUUUCACCUGCACGAGAGCUUUCCGGUAGCAGUUAUUAUUGACGAUUUCGGAGAUUUCUUUAGCGAGAGGAUUUGUCAACAAAGAUACGCCAAUGCGAGAGGUAGAGACAUAGCCAUGGUUCGGACGUUGGCCCUAUGCCAGGAUGCUAUUGCACAUGCAAACGGGAGAAUGCAAACGACGGGGACGUGCGCUCUUUUACUCGCUGAUACACACCAGGGCGACACGCCUAGAUUGUUAUUCAUUUAUAAGCGAUGGAUAAAGUGCAUCUUUACAAUUAGAGGUGAUGGCUCAGGUUCAUACAUGCUAAAGGCUAACAGCGUCCCCGGCAGCAGCAAAGAGAAGGCGACGAUCGCCAGAUACUCGAUAGCACUUCAAUAUCUGAUGCUCGAGGAGAUUAUUGAGGAAUGACCCUAUUCUAUUCUACUGUUGAAGGGGACUAUGCCAUUGUGAUUGGCAUAUAUAUCUCAAUGGGGUUACAAUAAUAGCUUUUUUUGGGUUUACUUGUGACUAUUUGGCUUAUUUUGUCCGACUUUUAAAACAGCUUUUCCA